AGCUACUUUCAUAACCUAGCGUCACUGAUCGGCAUGCGCAGAGCUAACAUUUAGUUAUGCUGAAACUAUUAAUGUAAUUAACAAGAUAAUCGAUACUUUUCAGAAAAUAUCGAUACCUAAACAGCAGCUUUUGAAUAUCGAUGUAUCGAUACUGCAGCAUCGAUGUGCACAUCCCUACUUAGAAGCUUAUGGUGGAGAAUCAGGAAGUAAAAACGAUUCCCGUUUCUCAAAACAAAACAAGGAAGUAGAGAGAGGUGUACAGAAACCGAAGCGUCUUACAGCGUUGUGACAAUAGAGCAGUUAGACAAACAAGAGAAAGAUAGAAGCGACAGUAUCAUCUGUUUAUAUUAUUGUACGAAACGCUGCCGGCGACGCGCAAACGAAGAAAGUACCGGGACGUCAAAAACAGGGAGAAGGCUUCUUUACCCCACCCGUACCUCACUCUUGCCCUCGCCAUGGAUGCAUCAGGAGGUUGUUGGGUCAAUUGCCUGAACGAGGAGGACCUGCCUCUGAUGGAUGGCACAUGUGAUGCUUGUGAGCCAGAUGAGCCUCAGCCAGCUGGCCUGGUGUGCCCACUUUGUCGCUUUGCUUUCUGUGUCAGCCAUGCAGAUAAACAUUCGCAAAGCACCCAUCAUCAGCUUCAGGUGUACCGUCCACCAGACCCACAGCCAGACAUCGAACCACUAGAACAUACUCAGACGUCUGAAAACAGAGCAAAGAGGGAAGAGGCUGCUGCAGGUGAGGAUGAGGAUUUGACGCUCCCACAUGGAGUAAGGAAAAGAGACACAGUGAUGGUGGAGAGGCUGAAAUGUAAGGAGCAUGGACAGGAGGGCUCACUUUACUGUAAAGAAGAUGAGAUGAUCAUUUGCGUGGUGUGUGCUGUGCAGGGAGAACACAAGGAACAUGAAAUUAUUACUCUCAAAGAAGCGUACCUGUGGCAGAAGGUCAGUAAGCAGAUGCACAAAUGUAAGAGCUACAUUGUAAUAGAUUAUAUCUCUUCUUCUUUUUCUAUUUUCCUGCAGUUAAUUUUGUUGGAACCAUUUAUCAUAAUAGUUUACUUAAUAAAACCAAUUAUAUGGCAAAGACCUCUUAAAGUUAAUGUAGACCUACUAAGACAGAGGUGAGGAACUUAUUCGAGG